AUGCCACUGCAAACACAACAGCUUCAACACUAUUCUGAUCUUGGCACUACUUCAGAAAGUGAUUCAUCUUCGGUUUACUCGAUCCUACCACCUUACUCUAAUCGUACGAGAAAUAAUAACCGAUCCGCCCGUCUUGAGAAUGAGGAACCUCGUAAGAAAAAAGUUGGUUCCAGGGCUAUGCGCCGUCAAAACAAUGAGGCAUACUUGAAUAUCGUGUUAAGUAUCCUUACUCCUACUGAUGAGAGCAACGAAGAGCUCGAUUUCAGUAUAACCGAAACAGACCCAGAGAUGACGGGGUUUUCAUCUCUUUUUAAUGAUGAUACUGUUCGUAAAAUCUGGGAUGAAUUUAUUUGCCUUGACGAAAAGAGUCAAAUCGAACUUCUGAGCUGCCUUUCAUCAAACACACUUGAUGGUUCUGAAUCUUCUGAGGAUGGUAGCCUAAGUGGGUUUGAUUUCAGUCCCCGAAAUAACAAAAAUAAUUUGCGUCAGAGACAUAGAAGUAAGCGACAUCGAAGGCAAAAACCCCUUGUUAUUCUGGAAACUAUCGGCGAAGAUAUGGAAGACAAAUCAAUAGAUGCAUUUGAAUCCCUUCAAAAUUGUGAGGAGCUACAAACAGCCUUACUUGGGACAUCAACGUCCCCUCUAACUACCUCACCACCUUCAAUUGCUCUUCACAAUGAGGUGAUGGAUUUCACCGAUCCCACUAGUCUUCCGACUCCUGGUUGUCUUUCCCCAAAACUCCUUGAUCUUAUCCGCUCUUCUAUUAACUUCUAUACUCAAGCUCAGGAUGAAAGGAGUAAGCAGAGGCGCAAAGGUAGAUUCUUUUGCCUGCAAGAUCUCUGUCUCCUCAAUCGAGUCGAAUCGGAGUUACGAUGGGUGUUUGGGAAUUUCUCUGCCUCUAAUCAAAUGUGGACGCCAUCAACGAGCCUACUUCAUAUCCACGAUUCCUCGCAGAAUAGAUGGAUUCGUGGUCGCUCUCUGGUUCUUAGUGGUUUUCAGAGAAUGCUUGUGCAUGCCUCUGCUACCUAUCUGGGACUGCACUCGUACAGUCAUACGGAUGUGUGCUCAAGGAUUCGUCAACUCUGGGUAGAUGGGAAAGGCGGUACAUUCAAUCCUCCUGAACAGUCUUUAGUAAAAACAGUCUAUGAAACUAUGCAAAGCAUGAUGGCUGCUUCUCAGAACAAGCAAUGA